AUGGCCGCCCAAACCGAGCCCGAGAUUGUUUUGACUAUCUUCCUCGAGUUUCUGGAUAUUGAGCCCACGCUAAAAGGGCUCGGCCUGGUCCCCGGCGAAUCUGCUUCGGGAUCUAAAAACAAAUACACGGUCCCCGCCAUCCAGCACGUGCCGACCAACACGUACCUGAUGGACUCGUUCCCCAUCGCGCAGUUCCUCGAGUCGAUGUACCCGGACCCGCCGGUGCCGCUGACGUCGGAGCUGGGCCGCGAGAUCGAGGCGAAAGCACGCGCUACGGUCGGCAAGGCCUUCUACGUGUCGGUGAUGCCGCGCGAGAUGGGGAUCCUGUCAUCGCGCGCGCAGGAGUACUUCCGACGCACGCGCGAGGCCGCGAUCGGGCACCGGCUCGAGGACUUGCUCGACUCGGACAAGGAGGAGCAGACCUGGAAUGCGGUCGCCGACGGCAUGUGCGCCGUCGGCGAGCUGAUGCAGACGCACAAGGCCGACGGGCCGUUUGUGCUGGGUGCCCGGCCGAGCUACACCGACUUCUUUAUUGCGGGUUCCCUCCAGACGGCGAGGGUGGUGGAUGAGGGCGUGUUCCAGAGGAAUAUCAAGUGCCCUGGGUAUAAGGAGGUUUAUGAGGCAUGUCUGCCUUACAUGGAAAAGAAGGAUUAA